AUGAGUUGGCAAAUCACUCUCUUCGUAUAUGUGGUGCCAAUAUUGCUGAUGAACUCUGGUACACUGAAAGGAUGUCCAUCUGUAUGCAGUUGUGAAGACAGUGAUGGAGAGUUGAAUGUCGAUUGCAGUCACGGUGGUCUGUCUGAAAUUCCUUCAAAUAUUCCAUCUGAUACUACGAGAUUAGUGUUGGAAUAUAAUGAUUUAACAACAAUUUCGGAACAUGCUUUUAUCGAAUUGUAUGGGAUGGUUUACAUAAACCUCGGAUGGAACGGAAUUACCGAGAUUUCACCAAGUGCUUUUGCUGGCGUAACCAGCUUAACAGAACUUAUAUUACAUAGUAACGAAUUAACAUCGUUACCGGAAACUGUCUUUAAAGAGUUACCAAACCUAAAGAAACUUAAUAUAUCCCACAACUCAUUGACAUCAUUACCAAGUGAAAUAUUUCACAACUUGACUGAUUUAACAACACUUGACUUGUCCUAUAACAAUCUUCAAUCACUGAAUACAUCAUUAUUCAAUGGGUUAUACAAUCUACUUGUGUUACGCCUCUACGACAAUGAAAUAACAUUAUUACCAUCAACGAUAUUCCAUUCAUACAAAACUAACAUAUCUGAAUGUUCAAAGUAA